AUGCCAAAGAGGCGGCGAACAGCCUCCCCGCCCCUUGCGCGAGAAUCAAGCGCCGUUACGCAACCCCAUAUACUGCCGCCAAAUACACAACCGCCAGGGGGAGAAGACGACAAGGCAUACCAGCUUUACUUAGAGCGAGCGUUUGCCGACCCCCGCUUCCGUUCCACCGUUGCCCAGAUAUUCAACAAGUACGACGGGAAAACCGCUCGAGCUGAUGAGACCAUCGACCCAGUUCUUGGUAGAACAUAUACAGGAGAUGGCAGUGCAGCCGGCCCGGCGGUCGGAACGCAGCUUGACAGCCUAGCGCACAACGAUCACCUGCCAUACCACCUGGAUAUGCGGCAAUGCGAACCCAAGCAGGAAGAUACCGAGACGGCCGACUAUCAAGCUGGAUUGAAUGAACCUCACGGUCCCUAUGCCACCGGGACUGCCCACCUUGGAACUGCCCCUCCUGGCUAUGUACCAAAUUUCGCUGACGGCGGUAUGCCCCCGGGCUACGCGCAGAGCUGGUAUGGGAACCCGUUUCAAGGCUCGGGAGCCUAUCCAUCGCAAUGGGCUGGAUUUACUGGCCAGUACUCAACGCCCAAUGGUCCUCCAGUGACUGCAGGCCCCUGGACGGCGCCGGAUAACUUUACAUAUAACUCAACGGCCUGGCCACCUCACGCGAUGCAACCAUCCCCACCAACAUGUCACAUAGAUCCUGCGCUAGAGAUGUUCGUGGAGGCAAAAAACGAGGAAGGAACCUACCAUUUCGCCCAAGAGGAGGAGAGUACGGGAAGCUAUGAGCCAGUUACGGAGUAUUAUUUCGAUGCUCUAGGUCGCAAACGACGGCGGCGGCUGGCGCAGCCUCGGUUUUCUAAGAACGGCAGGCGAUUAGGCCGCCCCCCAAAAUCAGCUGAGGAAUUGGGCAUCUCUACCGACAGGGGUGCUCAUGACGGCGAAGGCGAGGAGGAAAAGAACAGCGCCAGAGUUGUUGAUCUGAAACCCCCGACUAGCGAAUUCUGCGAUGAUGACGACGAUACUCUCUGGGGCGAGCUAGCAGAAGCAUUGCAGCUGGCAUCAAAGGCAACAUCGAAGAAAAGAAACAACAAUAGCACCAAACCGUCACAAAAGGGAGAGAAUUCCGCAACCGAGUCCGAUGGAGCGGCUGAGGCGGAAAAGGAUACUGACCAGGGCGAAAUGAUGCUGCAAAAGAUACAACAGGAGCUCAUUGAUAGGGCUGUUCGUCGCUCCAUAGCUAAGGAAAACGGCGACGAUACAGACGUUGCCGCCGAAGGCCGGAGGCGGUCGGGACGUGAACGAAAACCGGCCAAUUUUGGCGAGCAAGUAUCGUGGGACAAAGUCUCUGCAGAGCGGCGCACCAGCUAUAAAAUCAAAAUGCAUCUGCGAGCAUUAUCCGUGCAAGCGCGACGAGAAAGGAAAAGGAAGGAAAAAGAAGAGGCCGAGGCGGCAGCUAAGGAAAAGGAAGAGGCUGACAAGGCCAGGAAAGAGAAACAAGAAGCAGAGGAAUUGGCUGCUGCUACUGCUGCCGCCGCUGCCGCCGAAAAAGAUGACAUGGGAGAAUCAAACAAGGCGAUGCCGUCUACGAUUCCCGAUUCCCAGGAUACAGUCACAAGUUUACCGAUUCGAACUACGCCGAAAAAGCCACAAUCAACUCAAAUAAUGCGUCAAACUAUCAAGAACCAUGUCAACAGUGUGGUGCACUUCGAAGAAGACGAUGAAGCGCUGUCAGAUCAUGAGGCAUCCGCAGCCUUCUCUAUCAAGGACCCUGCUUUUUCCUUUAAGAAGCCAGAAAUUCGAGUGCAUAGCUUCCUGGGAGAAAACUACAUGGAUACAGUUUAUGCUCUUUCUGAUGAUGAAGCCCCGACGUUGCUUGCUUCCAUGAAGCGGGUUUCACUAGGCAAAAAGAAGAAGCUACAGCUAGGUCCAGCAGCCGUGCGCCCCAAGGAAACGGCCAAUGUGGCAAUGCAAAAUUGCCCCGAGAGUUCCAAGCACAUUACUGCUAGUGAAGAGGCAGAACACCAUGCGAGCAAGGCACCCAGCCCGAGCCCCGACAUCGACACAGACGCGGUGCUAAAUUCCAUCACGGACACAGCGGCUGUGCAAGAACCGCCCUGUAAGGCGACAGAGUCAGAUGACACAACGGGAUCAUCUAUCCCUAGCGGCGGAGAUGGCGAUGAUAGCGGUAUUGAUAUCCGAAGUGAACAAACGUCUUGUGAGCGAUCAAAUCGACCCCCAGCGAGAGAUCCUAUACCAGCGGUUCCUCUGUUCCAAGACCAAAAUCUCCUGGGAGCUGAACAUAUACUGGACAGCCUUGACGUAAUGUCGGAGGCCGAAGAAACCGCCUCCAGCCCGGUCAGUGAAUAUGGGCUGGCAACGGAGGACACACAGAUGAAUGACGCCGACCCCUUUACCAGUAACGUUCCGGCUUCGUCAAGAUCGACCGACAAGCCACCUUUUGUCGAUGAAGUGCCCAUGUAUGAAAGUAUGGAUACCUUUGAAGAUCUGCCCGCGGAUAUUCCGCUGAUGAGCGAAGAGGUAGAAAUGGGGUAUGAUCAACCUGUGGAGCCAACAGUGAAGGCUCUCGAGCAGAAUACUGCAAGAGAGAAGAGUGCCAAGAAGCAGACCGCACAGGGGCCACCCGAAGCCCAAAAAGAACUCCCAAACGCACGCGUCAGUAUCGCCACCAGCGCGGCGUCCGCUUCCACAGCAAAGCAAGUCACAGCGGAGCUCGGGCAGGCAAUCCUCGUCUACGUUGACCUCGAAGACACCCACGCAAAUGGCAACAUCAAAGGAACCAUCGCCCAACAGCACAGGAGAGCGAUCGAGGCUGCCGUCAUCGAGCUCGUCGCAGACACCAGCUCCCGACUCCAAAUCUGGCCGUGUUAG